UUUUACUUCAGAGUACAAUUAUCAAGAGAUAUGCUUGAAAUAAUGUAAGGAAAGCCCCUGUCCUGAGCUGCUGUCUUGUGUGAAGAGUCAGAGCAGCAUAUAGCAGCUGCAGAGCUAUACUGACAAGCAGCAUGCACAGGCCCAUGUUUCUCUUGCUGUGUUCUCUCUGGUUGUGUCACUUCAAGUGGAGUUCUCCCAAGGAUAGGUCACAGCACAGCUAAUUUGAGACUUGGCUUUACUUUCAAGUGGUUAUGCUCUCUUUCAGACGUGCCCUUUAAACAGCUGCUUUAUCAUUGACCUAACUUGGAAACUAAUCAAGCACCAAAUCCAGCCUUGUGCUGAUGAUGUUAUGGGAACCAGGCUUCAGGCUCCCUGGUGAUUCCGUGGGUCUAGCCUAGGUCACUGAAUAGAGCUCAAGAUGGUCAGUUCUGCCCCCAGCAGUUCCUGCCUUGUUUUUCUUCCCAAACACAUGACUGUCUCUUCUUAAAGGAACUAAAUCACAGUCUUUCUACUUUAAUCUUCUAUUAAUGGCUCAUCCAUCUUUAUUGUAGCAGAAUUUCCUUUCUUACCCACUGCCAAAUAGACACUCUAGUUCAGUAUUUGACAAGCACAUAAUUAUUUCUCCCAUUUUUCUCAGCUGAAAGCAUUCUACUGUUGCUCUAACCUUAUAAUUCUCCUUUGUUAACACCCGCAUUUCCUGAACCACAUCUUUGCUACAGAUAGGGAAUGUUGACGGUGAUUUCUCCUCAUCCCUGAAUCUCUUCCAACCCAUUUUAAUGCAAGUAACUGCCUAUGAAGCAAUGAGAGGCCAAGUAUCCACAUCAGUCAGAGCGGGGGAAGGAGCAGCAAAUGGGCUUUCACCUACAUUUUGGAAAGUAAAUAAGAGCAUUUCAAGCUUUUCAGCUUGCCCACUGUGUUUUUAUCUUUUCUUUAUCCACUGGGAUAUCAUCUGAAAUGAAUUCAAAAUAAAAAAAAAAAAAAGGAAGAAGCUUCACUUCUGAGAUCUUCAUAUGUCAUGGCUGUUAAUGAUGAAAGAAACUUAGUCCCAGCUCUCAGAAGUCCCAAGACACUGUAACUCUUAGGAAUUACAAGUUGAACCCUUUUAAAAAUCUUAAACUCAUGGGGAAGAAAAGUGGCAAGGUCACUGUAGGAAAUUAGGCUUCCGAACCACUCUCUGCUCUAAGACUGGAAAUUUACAUUUGCUGUAGCUACUGGUAAAGCAUGGCUAAGGUUUUUUUUAAGACUGUUUUUUCUCAAGAAUGAAAACUGUAGAAGUUUUGAUUUUCUGUGUUUGAUUGCUGAGAUAAAUUAAUUGCAAAUCCAGAGGCUGAAAAGAAGCAAAACAAGUUGUAUUGUUGUCAAUGAUUAAAUGAGGUUUGAUGUACCGAGGUAGUUUUGCUGUGCUCUUUGCUUCACACUAGUUUGAAUACAUCAAUGAAAGUGAAGACAAAGUUAUAUCUAAAAGUGUUUGCCUUUUUUAGCAUGCAAUUCUGAUCUAGGCAAAAAUUCCAUGUCAUUCCGAAUGGGGAGUUUUUCUAAGCAGAAUUUAAAAACUGUGUUCAGGUAAUAUUUUCUUCGUAUAGAGAUGACUGAAUAAGUAGAAGUAAAUAAUUUUUCUCCAAGAUAUUUUAUCUGGAUUUUUCAAAAACUAAAAGCUUUAUGAGAACAGGUUUAUUAAACUGAAUGUAAAAGUUAAUGUUUUUCUUUCCAAGUGAUACUGUCAGAUGAGCAUUUGCUUACUGCUUUUUGAGCAUCAGAUACCAUUUGUUCAAACCAAGGAAGACAAUUAAUUAAUUGACUGAAGUAGAAUGGAAAGUGGAAUUGAAGCAAUACAUAAGGGGUUUUCUUGUACCGAAAAGCCACAAAUGUAAAAAAAUAGAAAAAUCUUACAUUUCUUACUCUCCCCAAAUGGCUCUUCUGAUGUGAGGGCUUUCACUGGUUCAGAAAUGAACAGCAUCUUCUACAGUUACAUACAAGUCAUGUCAUCAUUUCUUAGGCAAUAUUUGCCUUCUUGAAGGCACGUGGAAUGAGAUCUAAACACACUUGUUUGAUCCAUUAAAAUGCUUGGAUAGAAUGUUAAAAAUCCUUUCACUCAGCUACUGGAAAUGUCACACCAGGUACAAAAUAAAUUUUCAGUACAUUUCAAGUUCUAGGUAGCUUUAACCUCUUGCUUUGCAGAACUGCUUUGUAUUCUUACUUGCAGCAGGACCACUGUAUUGCACAGAAACUGCCAGAAUUUGAAAGGCAACAGGCCACUUGCAGCCAUCACAAUUUACUGUGGAUACCUAAAUAUUUACUCAUACUUUUGUAUGCUCUUAGUUUUAAGGAAAUUUUCUUGAUGUAAAUGUGAUUUUAGAGGUUAGAGUUGCAAUAUCAUUUGCUUGUACUGCUUUCCUUCUCCCCUAGUCAUCCACUUUUGUUUCUCCCUGUAUCCCUUACACUGACAUGAAUCACUGUGCCUGCUCUUAUGUUGCAUUCUAAUGUAUACUUGGCUUUGCAGAACAGCCUGGGUAGCAAUAACCCUUUUACUUGGGGCAGUGUUUCAGUCUUCUCUUUUGCAGGUGUCAGAUAUUCAUAUCAGCAAAUUUCGGGAUCCCAAACGAGCUCCUGACUUUGAGAAAUUUUGUUCAGAAACAAUUGAUGUAAUUCAGCCAGCACUUGUUCUAGCAACAGGUGAUCUGACAGAUGCUAAGACGAGAGAUAAACUGGGAUCUGAGCAGGUAGAAGAUGAGUGGAAAACUUAUCAGUCAAUCCUGAAGAGAUCAAGGGUCAUGGAAAAAACCAAGUGGAUAGACAUUAAAGGGAAUCAUGAUUCAUUCAACAUUCCACGCCUGGAUAGUGUUCAGAAUUAUUACAGGAAAUACUCUGCCUGGCAUAAAGAUGGCUCUUUCCAUUACAUCCACACUACCUCUUUUGGGAACUAUUCAUUCAUCUGCGCGGAUGCCACACUCAGCCCAGGCCCUAAAAGACCCUAUAAUUUUUUUGGGAUUUUAAACAUGAAUCAAAUGGCAGAGCUGUCUUUGAUGGCAACAGAAAGUCUACACAGCAACCAUACUAUCUGGUUUGGCCACUACCCCACCUCCACAAUCAUCUCCCCAUCCCCUGGAAUACGAACACUAAUGAGUUCUGCCACAGCCUAUUUAUGUGGACAUCUCCAUACAAUGGGUGGGCUGAUGCCAGUCUUGCACAGUCAGCACCGUGGUGGCACUCUGGAACUUGAACUGGGAGACUGGAUGGAUAAUAGGAGAUACAGGAUCCUUGCAUUUGAUCAUGACCUCCUCAGCUUUGCAGAUCUCAACUUUGAAGAGUGGCCUGUAGUUCUCAUCACCAAUCCCAAAUCCUUCCUUUACAGCAGUGCUACUCAUGAACCACUAGUCAAAAUUCUUUAUUCCACUCAUAUCAGAAUUCUGGCAUUCUCUCCUUCUGUCAUUAUCUCUGUCAAAGUCUACAUAGAUGGAGUUCACCUGGGGAAUGCACAUCAGGUGUCUGGCCCUCUCUAUGUGCUGAAGUGGAGCCCACAAAACUACAGUGAAGGGUUCCAUCACAUAGAUGUGACUGUCCAGGAUGCUUCAGGAAGAAUUGGCACACGGGGCCAUUUAUUUGGUAUGGAAGAAAACCUCUCUCUUAGAUUUGACUUUUGGUCAUCUGUUAUUCUUCUCACUGACCACUAUGUUCUAGCCCGAGUGCUCUUUGGACUGACUGUGCUGAUUCAGAUUACCUUACUUGUUGUUUUCCGACACCUCCAAAAGCCAGCACUCAAAGGAAAGCUGGGAUUACUUACUCUGACUUCAUAUUCUCUUCAUGUCUUCAGUAAAACAAACACCUUCUAUUACUCAAUUCUGUUUCUGAAUUUAUACACCAUUCUGGGACCAUGGUUUGUAGGUGAACUGAUAGAUGGCCAGAUAGGGGCCUGUUUUUCCUUUGGAGUGUUUGUUGGUGGUUCCUUCUUACAGGGCAGUAUGACAUUUGUGGUUGGGAUUUUACAGAUUAUGUUUUUCAACGUGCCAUUGAUGGCCUACCUGUGCUGGUGCCUGCUGCUGCGCUGCCGUGGCCACAGCUUCCGUUCCCACCUCCGCCACGGCGGCCGCCUCGUGGCUGUGCCUGUUCACCUGGCCAUGGUGCUGCUCCUGGCCUGGCAGGUCUACUCCUGCUACUUCCUGCAGCGCACAUACGGCACCUUGGCCUUCUUCCUGUCCCCAAUGAGAACGUGGCUGCUGCUGCUGACCGCAGCUCUCAUUUAUAAAACCUGGACGCUGAAAUCGUCACAGCUCAGAACUUACAUAACAGAGAUAAAGAACUGUCAAAGCUCCUGAAGUACAGUAUAAGUACUCCAAAUUCUGGCUUAAAAGCUCUCAAGGUACAACCUUAGCAUUUUGUGAUGCUGGAAUUCCAUACACCCCACCGUUAAGUGGUAAGACCCAAAGCUGCACCUGCACUGCUACAGAACUGUAUUAAAUAGUUAAUGUACAAUAUGUUAUACACACUUUCCUUCUAUUAUACAACAUACUGUAUAAUACAUGUUAUAUAAUACAGUUAUGGAUUAUACAUCAGUACAGUCAACUUUGGAAUAAUCUCAUCAAUGAGGUUUUUUUAGUGAUACAGAGAUAGAUAUGUCCACAUGGAUCACAAAUGGAAAUGUUUGCCUAUUACUACUGUGAAUAGAAAAAUAAUUAAUUAUUGAUUUUUAUAAUGCUGCAAAAUAUGAGCAUAGGACCUGAUGAGCUUCUGGAUUUGUGAUUCCUUGAUAUUUAUUUCAGGGUUGACAUGUGUUUUUACAAGACUAGACCAGAUGUCUUUAUGAAGUAAUAGUGAUUGCAAAGGUGCUGUAGUGGCCUUCACAGCCAGAGUCCUAUGCCCAUACAUGUUUUCAAUUCAUAAUGCUGUAUACAAGCAGAUCAUAGGUGUGUGUAUGUAUUUGUGUUCAUGUUUACCUGAGUUGUGGCCUA